GAAACGAAUGAACGUCGACGUAUAAUCGCCGUCUAGCUUUGUGUAGGUGGUGGUGCACUGAAAACUUGAAAUAUGCCUGUAACUGAAAGCAUCGGCAGGAGACACUGCAUACCUAUUGUUUAUACACGGGGAACCCACUACGAAGUCGGAUACGAUGUGGGUAGAACCUUUUCUGGCCUCAUUCAAAACUUUGUAGCAAAUUGCCAGACCUUAAAUGAAGAGUAUUUGCCUGCUUACGAAACGCAAUCUGGUCGACAAGCUUACGAAGAUACCCUUAACAAUUUGAAGAAGAACUUUCCCCAAUACAUACGCGAACUAGAAGGAACAGCCGAUGGUGCCCAAGUGCCAUUCCAUAAAUUGUUCCUUCUACACAUGGACAAUAUUAUCCUAAGUGCUUUACCUCAAGAUAAUGUAAAACAUCCAGUUGGCUGCUCCAGUAUAUGUUUAAACAGCAAAGAGCAAAUUUUGGGCCACACGGAAGACGCCCUCAGCGACACUCUCAAUCACUUUUAUUUCGUAUCAGCCCACAUAAUUGAAGAUAAACCGCAAGGCAAAUGGAAGGUAAAAGAGGAGAAGUUCACAUCCCUAUGCUACGCAGGCCAUUUACCAGGCUAUACCAUGAACUACAACCAUCACGGGUUGGUGUUCUCCAUCAACACGUUGAGCGCCAAGGAUUUGAAACCCGGAAAGACACCCCGUCACUUUAUAACCAGGGCACUUUUGUCAGCUGAAAACUUCACACAAGCUCAGCAGAUUAUCCGCGAUUGCGGCAGUGGAGCCGCAGACGGUUGCUCAUUUAACAUCACGUUCCUGAAACAAGAAGGAGAUCGGCUCUUCCACAAUGUGGAAAUGGCUCCAACUGAUAAGAACAACGAGUCCGAACUGAAUAUAUUCACGGCUAGUCCAGGAGAAAACAGCAUACAUUGUAACAUGUACUUACGAAUGCAAAUAGAACAAAACAAUCAACCGAUGCUCGAGAGUAGCAAAUCAAGACACAACCUAUUCCAAAUGUACGGUACUCCGAAGACCAAAAAUGAUGUCAUUCAGAUGCUGGGACAAGAUGCCGGUGAAAAUAAAAGGGUGUUCUUUGAUUCUGGAUAUGUGCGUACUAUUGCAGUGGGUAUAUUUGAUUGUAUAGCGAAAACAUGGACUUUGUACGCAGAUAAUCCGACCAAGAACGAACCUUUGGUGGUUUUGCCACUGGUACUCAAAAAUUGAAUUUGGCAGUUAUGAUAUGAAGGUAUUACAGUUUCGUUUAAAUACCUAGACAUUAUUAUGAGUUAUUUAAUAGUUAAAUAAAACUUACAAUUAU